CAAAAUCAAAAUUCUGACUGGGCCACCCAGCCACCCCUAGAUCUCUUUUAAGAUGUCGAUGAAUGUGCGGUGGUGAAUGGAGGCUGCCAGCAGCGCUAUAUUAACACUCUGGGCACCUUCCACUGUGAAUGUGAUACGGGAUACAGACUCCAUGCUGACGAACGCACCUGCAUAAAUAUAAAUGAGUGUGCUGAAGGGCUGGCUCACUGCAGCCGUCACUGCAUGAACACAAUGGGACCUUUCACGUGUGCCUGACACCCCGGCUUCGAGCUGGGAGCCGAUGGAAAACUGUUACGCCUCUAAAAAAGGACAGAUAAUAACAUACCAUUAGCUUGAGAACAGAUGCGUCAACUGGCAAACAACCUACUUGCGUUCUGAUCAUCGAUUCAAUGGAUUGCAUUGGAAAUUGUCAAUAGCUGUAAAGAGAACAAUGGUGGUUGUUCCCAUCACUGAGAGCAUGUACUUGGGGGGGCCCCCCAUUGUUCCUGUAACCAUGGACACCAGCUUGAUUCAGAUGAGAAAACAUGCAUAGACCUCGAUGAAUGUGAGAGUUGAGAAGCCUGCUGUGCCCAACUCUGCCUCAACUAUUUAGGAGGCUGUGAAUUCAGUUGUCAGGAAGGCUUUCGAAUCACUUCUGAUGGUUGUGGAUGUGAUGGUGUGGAUGAGUGUCUGAAUGUCAGUAGAGUCUGUGACCAGCUGUGUAUGAACUCUGUGGGAACAUACGACUAUACCUGUGUGGAAGGCUCCAGAAUUGGAAGUGAUGGGAAAACUUGCAUCUCUUUAGAUGCUGACAAGACGGAGGAAGAAGAGGAAUUGGAACUUGUAAGGUUUCCAGGCCUUCUAUUCAAGAGCCCACCUCAACUGCUUCCUGAUGUUGCUACCGCUCUGCCUACCGCCUACACAGAUGAAGAUGAGGAGGACAGGAAACGCAUAUUCGAGAACUGCAUAAAAUUGACUGUCCCAAGGGGGUCUAUGGAGCUGGCUGCUCUUCAGAAUGUCAGUGUGUGGAGGAGAACACCCUGGAAUGCAGUGCCAAAAAUGGCAGUUGCACCUGCAAAUCUGGUUACCAAGGCAACAGAUGCCAGAAAGCCUGGAGCCCCUGGUGCAUCCAGUCUACAGCUCUUACAAUGCCACUGCCCUGGCAGCCUGCCCUCUCCAGCCAGUACUGUGAUUGCCAAGUUUGUCCACCAGGCACAUAUGGGAAGGACUGUAAACAGGUAUGUCAGUGUUCAGCUGAGAAUGAAAAGUGUCACCCAGUCGCAGGGAGAUAUACCUGUCUUCCUGGCUACCAUGGAAACCGCUGUCAUCUCAGAUGCCCAGGAGGCACUUACGAUCUAAAUUGCCAAAGGAUGCAUAAGUACCUUAAUGGCGGCAGCUGUGAUACCGUGAUUGGCACCUAUCACUGCCCUCCUGGCUUCAUUGGGGCCGACUGCAGUCAGACUUGUCCUGAGGAUCACCACGGGCGGGACUGUGUCCAGCCGUGUUCUUGUGGCUCAGGACAGUGUGACCCAGUGACUGGAAGGUGCCAAUGUCCACCUGGCAAAAUGAGAGCCAGGUGUCAGCAAGUUCUGGCGUCUGGGAAAUCUAACAUUAAGGUGCCAGCCAAUUUGGUUCCUGGAGAAAGCCCUAUUUUCUGAUUUGCAGGUAACUUUUCUAUUAUUUUAUCCUUUUAUGGCAGACAGAGAAAGAGUGUGAAAGCUCUCUUGUGUCUCAUCUAAUAAGGGCACUAGGCCCAUCAUAAAGUUCCACCCUCCUUUGUAUGGCCUUUUUCUCCAACAGGAUAAUUGGGUUUCUUAGGUGACUGCUGAUUUCCCAAAGCAGAGGUUAUCAGGUCUUCCUAAGGCUUGGGAGUGAUAUAACAUCACUUCUACCACAUCCUAUUGGAUAAGGCAAGUCAUAGGAUUAAUGCAGAUUCCAUGUGGGAUGGGUAGUACAAGAGUGCAAAUCCCAGGGGAUAUGGUUUAUUAGGAGCCUCUUUGGAUUAUAGAUUCUGCAUGAUUGAAAGUUUCUUCUUGUUUGUAAUAAGAUAUAUCUUUUUUUCCCUCUAUUUUUUUUUUUUUUUUUUUUUUUUAGUUUCAGUCAUAAUUAGGAGUUUAUUUCCCAUUUUGAAGUUUUAGGAGAAUUCAUUCAUGUUUUCUUUUCAUACUUGUAGCAUGUCAUUUUUGAUACUUAAUUCUCUGAUCAAUUUUAAGUAUUUUUCCUGGUGUCUGGUGUAAGGAAUAUAUCUAUUUUCCCUUUAUAUAGCUUUUCAGUUAUUAUAUUGCAACUUUUACAAGUCUAUCUUACCCACUGCUUUGAGAUGCAGCUUUCAUCAAAUACUAAACAUUUAUAUGCAGUUAGAUAUAGUUCUGGAUGCUCUAUUUUAUUGGUUUGUUUAUUUAUGUGCAAAUGAAAUGAAAUACUUUUUUAUUAUGAGUCUUUAUUAUAUAUAUUUGAUACUGAUAGGGCAACCCACCAUUCAUUGCUGUUAUUUUCAGGGAUUUCCUGAUACAUUUUUGUGCAUGUGUUCCACUAAAUAAACUUUAUAAAUAAAUUGUCUAGAUGCAAAAAUGAAAAAA